AUUGCUGACAUCAUGGGUCAAGCGCAAAGUGACAAUCAAGAAGAAGUCGCAUUACCUGCGAUUCAAGAUCUUUAUAAGAAAUUCGUAAUGGAGUGUCCGAGUGGAUCUUUGCAUUUACACGAAUUCAAGAAAAUCUUCGGUGUAAGCAGCGGACCCUCUGCGGAAUCGUUAUACAUGGAUAACUUAUUUAGGUCCUUUGACAUGAAUCAGGACAACACAAUAGACUUCAUUGAAUAUGUGGCCGCUCUGCAUCUGGUACUUCGGGGAAAGCUGGAAGAUAAGCUAAAGUGGUCUUUCAAGGUAUUUGACAAGGAUGAAAACGGUCGCCUUGAUAGGCGCGAAGUGAGACGUGUAGUGAGGAUCAUCCAUAAAAUCAAGCAUGGUACAAUUACCGAUACAACUGGGAGCAACACACUUACACCCGAACAAGUGUGUGACCGAAUCUUUGAACUCACUGAUGAAAACAAAGAUGGACAAAUUUCACUUCAAGAGUUCCUAGAAGGUGCCCAGAGGGAUGAAUGGGUCAUGAACUUCCUAACGUUAGAAGUGAAUCCCACCAGCUGGGUAAUGGACCAAUGGAGACAAAACAACAAAAAGAAAGAACUGAAGUAAAGAGCAGACAUGACCAGUAAAGCUACACAAUGGAGGACUUCCAGAAAUGUACCACAGAUUGCAUCUUGAGAACAAUUAUUUGAUGAUGUUAUAAUUAAUUAAAAAAAGCAGAGUUGAAUCUGGUAAUAAAAUAACCCUAAAGCUGGCUUAUACCUGAUCCUCAUGGUAAUAAAUGGAAAAUGCAGGUGACCUUUGACCUGUCCUGGCAAGCCUCAGCAUCAUGGUGCUUUGCUGAUAUCAUCAGACUCAAAGGAACUGGGUGAUGUCUGUAUGGUUGUGGAAGCAGGACUUCCAUAUACAUAAUUAUCAACAAGAACCAGGAAGUUUCAUUUUGUACAGAAAAUUACAAAAUGAUGAUUCAAUGCAUUGUUGUAAGGAUGUAGUCAGAUACUAGUACUGCUAUGUUUAUUUUUGCAUGUCCAACUUAAAUUCUUUCAUGGCAAAUCAAAAUGUUUGGCCCAUUCAUAUUGAUGUGAGGAUAGUGUCAUUGGUAUUUGAUUUUUUCAGGUUUAACAGACAACAGAUACAGUAGCUAAGGGAUUGUGGUAUAGUUAUCCCACAUUGACAGGAUAUAGAUCAUGUAACCAUAUAGUUAUACAAGCUGUACUGAGAAUACUGGAUAUUGCUCUAAUAGCCAAGCUGCACUUGUUGAAUGGCUUUGUGAUUUCAGAGCCCACCCUGAUUUUGCACAUUCCACCCACAGUCAGGUUACACAAAUGGCCUCAUAGUGCCUGCCAGGUGAUUGGUAGGCAGUGUACAGUAUUGGAGACAGACUGAGCUAAUGUCUCUACAUUGACUGGAAUGCUGUUGAUAGAGGUAUGCUUCCUCCAAACUAGUCUCAGUCACCAUAAUUCAGUUACUAAAGGCACAAGGGAUCAAAUACAGGCACAGGCAUUCUUAAAUUAUAUGUCUGUUCUUUAUGUUUGUCCAGUCAAAAAAGUGUAUACAUCUUUUUUAAA